GUGCCUAUUAAACCGAGUAUCUACGUUGCCUUUUGAGAAGAUAUAGAGGGAUCCUUCUGCUCUCUGCUCUUGCCUUAAGCAACAACUACGAGGGGUGCUCUAAUUGGUCUAUGCACCCUGUGUCAAUCUCUUUCCAACCCUUCACUGCAACUCCAGCAAACAAUUGCCCCUUAAGGAGCACUAAUGUGAGGUAUUCCCCUGAUUUUCUCAAGUUACUGACAAUUAGAAGAAAUUCUGGACACUUCGCCAUGAGUUCUGGACAAAAUUCAGCUUCCAGGCCUGAAACGACUGGGAAGCAAGACUGUACUGUGGGUGAGAAUGAUGGUGUGAUCAUAGUCGACCACGGGUCACGACGACAAGAAUCUAAUCUCAUGCUAAACGAUUUUGUUACUAUGUUCAGGUCAAGGACUGGCUACAGGAUUGUUGAGCCCGCACAUAUGGAGCUAGCGGAGCCUACUAUUAAGGAAGCAUUUGGAAAAUGUGUGGAGCAAGGAGCAUCCCGCAUUAUUGUCAGUCCAUAUUUUCUUUCACCUGGACGGCACUGGAAGCAAGAUAUUCCUUCCUUAGCAGCAGAAGCCUCUAAAGAGCACUCGAAUGUGGCCUACAUUGUCACUGCUCCUCUUGGAUUGCAUGAGCUUAUGGUGGAUAUUAUGAACGACCGCAUCAAUUACUGCCUCAAGCAUGUUGCGGGUGAAGUCGGUGAGUGUACAGUAUGUGCCGGGACUGGAAAGUGCCACCUCUACACUUGACGGCGAAUGCACAGGAGGCUCCUUGGUUCAGAAGUCUAGUCCAAGUAAUUUUGGCGAUUGUGUUUCAGGCGAUCUCAUUUUGUUGGCUGAACAGCAGCGUAGAUGGCUGUGGCCAAUAUUUACAUCCUUUUCAACAUCGCGUUCCUUGUAUCUACCAUGGUUUUGCCCAGCUUGUAGUUCUAGAAAGUGUUCAGUACUCGCCAUUAACAAGAGAGUAUGCACCAUGAACAAAUUGUGACCAACCGUUCCCCAC